AUUUGACACUAUGUAAUAUGGCUGACAACUGAACCUAUGAGAAUUUUCUUUGUUUUCCCUAAAACUUUUGGAAAAGUUUGAUUGAAGUUGAGUGCUGUUGUUCACAUUAACAUCGAUAUUAAUAAACUUUCCAGGAUACAAAUUUGGAUAGGAUUCCACUAUAAUGCAUGAAAUAAAAAUGGUAAAAGUCUUGUUGGAUACCCACAUAAAAUGAGAUGGAUCUACAUUUACAAAUCUGUCAGAUUUGUAGCAGAUUCCCAUUUAUAUUUACCAAUUAAUAAGAUUGUUUGAACUGUUGAAAUUAUGAAAUGAAUAUAAAAGUGAAACAUUUUACCAUUUGAAAAGUUCUUUAAAAUUUUGUAACUUGUGGCUUGUUCAGAAAUCUAGAUGAAGAGUUUGAUUGAAAAAUAAAGAAAAUAGCCAGAUAGCUGAUAUACAAGAAAUUGAUGAAAUUGUAGAUAUUGUAUCAGAUAUAAUACUACUACAAAGAACUAAUUAUAAUUGCUGCAUAUAAAAUCAAAGAUUAGUUUGAUUAUCUCCUUCAUAGUGACUAUGAUGUUUGGGGAAAUCUUGAAGUGAGUCCCCAUGUUGCAAUUGUUAUGUGAAUUAUCAAUUGGAAUUGGGACCCAGUAUGGGUCAACAGCCUCGGCCCACCAUCAGCAUGAACUCGAGCACCUCAGCCCGUUCUUCGGGCUAUCAUCAAAAGGCUAUGGAAGAGAUUCAAAACUCUCUUCGGCCAUAUGCAAAGAGCGGUAGUGAAGCAAUCGAAUCAAGUGCUGCCAGCACAAUAUCCAAUUUUUCUGCUACAAGCGGAGUCAGCUCUUUUAGCUCCGCAUCUGGUGGAACUAGUUCAGACAAUGAUGUCAUCCAUUUGCAUCAUAUGCUUUCCCAACUUCUCAGUAUGGGAUACUCGGAGGAUGCUGCGAUGAGAGCAUUACAGUUCUCUAAUGGCAGAAUGGAAGCAGCAGUUGAUUAUCUGAUGAAUAAACAAAUGGACUUGAAUUCGAAAAGUGGUUACACCAAACUUAUUCGGAAACCUAGUCUUGAGAGAGAACUGGUGCUACCUCGUGGAAGUCCUGCCCUUGAUAGCGGAGCAGGCAGUUCUCGUUCGGAUAGUCCUAGACUUACAGAUAUUCAGUCCUCAGUCAGUAGGUACUCUCCAAGCUUCAAUGAGCCGCCACCACCACCGCCACCUAGAAAUACACCACCUCCCCCUCCCCCUCCUCAUGUUGCAGCAUACCAGCCUGUACCUAGUAAUGUGCAUCAUCUAUUCAAACGAAUGUCACCUGCUCCUGUAGUUCCCUCUAGACCACCGCCAGCGGUUUCUUCAUAUACUUCACCUUCUUUACAGCAAAGGGGCACUAGUCCCGUAAGCAGUGUUUCAUCUUCUGGUCGUCAACCAAUGAUUGUUCAGAAUGGUCCUCAAGUUCAGCAACAGCUUUCACAGCAAAUGCAGGCGCUCAGUUUGUAUCAGAGCAGUGCAGCUUCAUCAAAUGCAGAACCGCCUCCCCCAUAUCCAUUGAUUUCAUCGAGCCCUUCAAGCAACCCUCCACCACCAUCUUAUUCUAUUUCAAUACAAAAUAGACAGAGUCCUACACAAGAUUUCAGGAAAAGUCCGUCGUCUGGAAUAUAUUCAGGAUCCACUUCAGCAGGAUCCCCUAGUCCAAGUCCUGUUUCUACAUCUUCGUCAAUAGCAAGACCUGCACCUAUUCAGGCUUGGACAUCCAGGCAGACAAAAACGCAACCUCCAAUCAUAAUGCAGUCGGUUAAGAGUACUCAGGUGCAAAAACCCAUCUUGCAGACUGCGAUUGCGCCAACGGUUCCACAGAUUCCGCCUUCACCGAACAGCACGACACCGCCCUCCACCUCAGUUCCCCCACCAUCAUACAACAUAUCCAUCCAACAGAAAGCAUAUACAAACGGUAUAAAAGCUAAUGCACUUGCACCACCAUGUCCAACUACUGCUCCAACGAUUAUUUCUGUCCCAACAACAGAACCUCCAAGUUAUGCAAGCACCAUGCAGGCUAAAGUUAAGGCGCAAAGGGGCGUUAACCAUCCUCAACUGCCUCCACCACCUUAUACAGACGACAGCCAUGCGUUAGUGUCAACAGUCGAAUGUGCUAAGUCGCCAAGGACAUCUCCACAUGUCCAUCCGCCAUUGAAGAGGAAAUACUCUCCUGCCAUACCACAAGAUCGAUCUGAUAGCCCGCAAUCCACUGGUGCUGGAGAAAACAGACCAUACUCUGAUAAUGCUCCACCACUGCCACCUACAGCCUCAUCUUCAGUUAAAAACAAUAACAUCAUAAAUGGUAAUAAUGACAAUAAAAAUGAUGCACCUCCACAGUUGCCGCCUUACACAAAAAUCAAACAUCAGUCCCCGAUACCAGAGCGGAAAAAAAUUAGCAAAGAAAAAGAGGAAGAGAGAAGAGACGGUAAAGUGAAAAACUACUCACCACAAGCCUUCAAGUUUUUCAUGGAACAGCACAUUGAGAACGUCAUCAAGUCGUACCGGCAGAGGAUAUUGAGAAGAAUGCAAUUAGAGAACGAGAUGACAAAAAUAGGUCUGUGUCCUGAAGCUCAACAGCAGAUGAGAAAAAUGCUCUCACAAAAAGAGUCCAAUUAUAUUCGGCUGAAGCGAGCAAAGAUGGAUAAAAGCAUGUUUGUGAAGAUAAAACCCAUCGGUGUAGGCGCUUUUGGAGAAGUUACACUGGUGAGAAAAAUAGACACCAAUCAUCUGUAUGCGAUGAAAACUUUGAGGAAAGCCGAUGUUUUGAAGAGGAACCAAGUGGCCCAUGUGAAAGCUGAAAGAGAUAUCCUGGCAGAAGCGGAUAAUGAAUGGGUUGUGAAACUGUAUUAUUCAUUUCAGGACAGUGAUAUUUUGUAUUUUAUUAUGGAUUACGUACCAGGUGGUGAUCUGAUGUCUCUGUUGAUAAAAUUAGGUAUUUUUGAAGAGAAAUUGGCCAAAUUUUAUAUUGCCGAACUGACUUGUGCUGUGGAGAGUGUCCACAAAAUGGGUUUCAUCCACAGGGACAUCAAACCAGACAAUAUAUUGAUUGACAGAAGUGGACACAUCAAACUCACUGAUUUCGGUCUCUGUACAGGAUUUAGAUGGACACACAACUCAAAAUAUUAUCAGCCCAAUGGUGAUCACAGUAGGCAGGAUUCUAUGGAUCCCAUUGAUGACUGGAAUGAGGAGUGUAAAUGUAAAAGUUUGAAGCCUUUAGAGAGGCGAAGGAGAAGAGAACAUCGUUGUUUGGCGCACUCACUCGUAGGUACACCUAACUACAUCGCACCCGAAGUGUUGCAAAGGACAGGGUAUACCCAGCUUUGUGAUUGGUGGAGCGUUGGAGUGAUAUUGUACGAAAUGGUAGUAGGUCAGCCUCCUUUUCUAGCCAAUACCCCAGCUGAAACUCAGUAUAAGGUCAUCAAUUGGGAAACCACACUUCAAAUACCAAAGCAGAGCAAGCUUUCAAAGGAAAGCACUGACCUUAUACUGAAAUUGUGUACGAGUGCCGACAAACGUUUAGGUAAAAAUGCCAGUGAAGUGAAAGCGCAUCCAUACUUCAAAGAUAUUGACUUUGAAAAGGGUCUGCGUCAGCAAACAGCACCCUAUAUACCUCGUAUAGAUUAUCCAACUGACACAUCGAAUUUUGACCCUGUUGAUCCAGACAGACUAAGAAAUUCUGCCUCCAUUGAUUCAACAGCCUCUGAUGAACAAUUGGACGACUCAAACCUCUUCCAUGGAUUCUUUGAAUUUACUUUUAGACGAUUUUUUGACGAUGGGGGUGGUCCAGUUUUCAACAGAAUCAAUUUAGAUGAUAAUGACAAUCAGGGUCCUGUGUAUGUUUGAGAAAUUUGUUUAUUUUUCUUGCCAAAAGAGGAAAUAUGGUACGUACUUUCAAAAUACAAAUGAAACUUUUAUCUUACAAUAAGAGCAAUUUAUGAAAUUGAAUAUUUCUAUAGAUCUAUACAAUUCAACCUUUCCCAAUGCAUUCUCGUACUAAAAAAGUAACUUAAAAAAUUUUGUAUGCCUUUUUCAUAUUGUGCCUUCUAUCACUAAAACUUGAGAGGAAAAUCAGAAUAAUAUGAUAUUAAAAAAAAUUAUAUUGAAUAAUUAUAAAUGAGAGUAUUAGGAUCUUAAUUUGUGCCUUAAAAUUAUAUAACAGUUCAUCGAGUGAAUAGUGUUUGAUGUUCCAUUAACAUAACUGCAUUGUCAUAAUUCAAGAUUAUAUUUGAUUUCUGAAUAAUUGUUUAUGUGCUAGCCAUUUACAAAGAGUAUUAUGUUUCAUUCAUGCUCAGACUUUUUGAAUUUUUGGUGUUCGUAUAGGAACUAUGACGAAGAACUUAUGUGAAAAUGAAAUAAAUUCAAGAUCGAAGUAACAAGAAAUUCAAGCGAUGAAUUGAAUAUCAAACUAAUUUAUGAACUAUUAUUUUGGAUAUCUUUUUAAUUUCACAUAUUAAAUGAAAACCGCCUUAUCAAGAAAAAUAAAAUGAAUUACAUUUUUUUUCAAUUCUAAAGAGUGAAUUGGUUUAGAAAAGCUAAUUGAAUGACAAAACAGUCUACUAUUUUGUGAAUAUUUUAGAAGAAGUGUUAUUCAGAUGUUCAGUAGCAGGGAAUGUUUUCGAAAGUGAAAUAAAUUUUCUUCUUCAAUUAAAAGAAUAAAAAACAAAUUUUCUCGCUUGAAACUAAAGUAGAACAUUUAUGUAAUAAACUUUAUAUUUAAAUGAAAUGAAUUGAUUUCUACAAAUAUUACAUACAAAUAAAUUUUAUUUGUGGAAAUUAAUUUUUUUUUCAUAUCAUUUGAUCGAUAAUGAAUUUCCAUCAAGUAAGGACCCAAUCCAUUAAACUUCUUUUUUUCUCUAAAAAAAUUGCAAUGAAGCUGUCAGCUUUGUAGCAUUUUGAAUGUUUGAGAAAACAUUAAUGAUAGGAUUGAGUAUCAAUAAUGUGCUUCAUAAGUGAAGAGGAGUAUCUUCUUACAUUCAAUUUUAAGUACAGUAAUGUAUGAAUAAUCCGAACAGAAAGUUGGGAGGACCCGUUCGGUUUAUCAAAUCAUUCGGAUUAUAGAAAUCAAAUUGAAUGAUAUCUAUAAUCCGAACAUGUUCAGAUUAUAGAUUCAUUUUUAACGCGCGUGAACACAUUUUCAUGAAAAAAUGCAAAAUGAAAGUGAAAAAACUUCUCACAAUAUCAACCUACAUUGAAAGAAACAUAAAUUUUUGAGUAAAAUCACAAUUAAUGGACUCCCAAUUCCCUCUUUUAACAAAAUUGUCAUGAGUUCCUUGAACAAAUUUUUUCUUGCUCAUACUUUUAUCGACAGCCUUUUGUCGAAUUCUUCUAAGAAGAAUCACCUCAUGCGGUGGCAAUUAAUUUUAUUUAUUUAUUUAUUUAAUACAUUAAUUCUACAAGUCAUCAAUACAUUGAUGUUCCCUUAGAAUGAAUAUGUUUAUUUGUAAAAAUUGGUACAAAGCAAAAGUAAGAAACCCCUAUGAUGAAUGUGUUUUCUUCUGCCCAUCGAAGAUAUCAAUUGAAUGAUGUGAUUAUGCCUCUUCAGUGGACACUGAGGGGGACACUUUCUGAACAUGUUUAUCUUCGCUCCGUCGUCAGAGCUUUGAUUUUCCUCAGUGACAUCUGUAAUUGUCUCAUAAUUUUUCAAAAAGUCUGUUCCCUAAUUUUGUUCGUCAUCAGCUCGUACCCAUGUUUGAACUUUUUUCACUCUGAACUUUUUGUGUCAUCUUUCUAAAUCAAGUACUUUAUCUAAUCCUUCUCCUAAUUCACGCAAAGAAUCUACUGGAUUCUAUUCUUCUGUUUGGAUUCCAGAGUUCAGGUUGUUCGGAUUAUACAUAUCAUUUUUUUGUUUGAGCCGUUCGGAUUAUAGGGUACUUCGGAGUAUAAGGGAAUAGGAAUAUAUUUUUUAACAACUUGAGUUUUUUCUAUCGUUAUUGAGAAGCUUAACACAACAAACUUAUCCAUUUUUAUCACUGUGCUACAAUAUAAUUGUGUAAUCUUAACACUUCUCAAAAAAUUACACAGCAAUUUCAUACUAGAUCCCUAAAGUUGAUUAUAUCAUGAGUCAAUUUAUUAUUAUAUUUAUUAUUAUUGCUAUUGCUAGUUACGAAUCUUCUGAGGUAUUAACAAUUUAUUUCAAAUUGUUCUAGAUUUUUGUUUUACAGAUAAGUAAUAUGUUCAGGCUAAUGACCAUAGCAGUCGAUGCCUUCAUUCAAAGUAAAAAAAAGUAUUAUGUCGGGAAGGUAGGCACAAGUUGUAUAUACCAACAAUUUUGUAGAGUUCUUUAGUUUAAUGAAAAAACAAGAACUACAAUGGGAAAUGCUAAACAUAAAAUCCAUCAAAUAUCUCAAUAACGAAUUGUUUGAAGUUCUUUACUUUCAGAAAUAAUAUUUCUAAGUUAUAACCUAAUAAGUUGUAUAGUUUGCUUUAUUUAUUUUCGGAGUUUUAACUACCUUAUAGUAGUCAUUCAAUUUCCUUAUUUGAGUUCACAAUGAUUGGCUAUUAUUUUGAUGAGUAAAGAAAAUUAUAUCAUGUAUAACAUUUUUAAACCUGUAUUAUAUUAGGCAUUUUUCAUGUCUAUAUUGUUGCCUAUUUUCAUUUCUAUUCCGGGGCUGAUUUUCAACAGAUAUCUGGAAUUAUUACACUAUGCUUUAUAAACGCUUGUUUCAAUGCUAAUUAUAGAGCAACGAAUCUUGAAAAUAUUUUAUUAAUUAUACAAGCAACAAAGCAGAAAUUGAAAUUACUGAAAGCAUUAUUUAUAACUAUUAUACAUAAUGUCCUGCCUAAGUUAUAAAAGUUGGGAUAUGUCACUUCAAACAGAUAAAGUUGUUUGACAACAUUUCGACAUUUCGGAAGGAGAAGUUCGGUUGGAUUUCAUUCUUGAUUCAAGCUCAGAAAUAGCUUAUUUCUCUGUUGGGUACAGAAGUAGAUUUCAAUUGAAUGAAAAUUGAGAAAAGGCUCACACGCAUUUUUAUAUAAACUGAUUCACUCUUAAGAAUAGCAUACCUAAUUUAAUAUUUAUUUUGGCUUGAAUAUCUAAACAUUUAAUAGAUAUCGUGGUAUUCUUAGUAUGAGGUUUUAAAGAUAAACCAAAGAUUUGAAAAUUUCAGAAGAUAUAUUUUAUUUAUAUAUUAUAAAUAACAAUAAAAAAAAUAUGUUUUUGAAAUGUAUGUUACUUUUGAUAGUUUUCAAAUGCAAGUUCGAAGUUCAUAAAUUGGUUUGAUAAGGUUUUUUUGUUAUAGGAUGAACUUGAAAUUUGCUACCGAAAAAUUAGGUGAAUAUCGAAUAAAAUUAAUGUAUAACUAAAUUUUUCGCAUAUGGUGCUAAUUUUUUCAUGUAAAAAUGUGAUAUAUUACUAAGCCACCCAUAAAAGAUUGAUAAGUUAAUUGAAUAAUGGAUUCAUUCACUGAGAGUUCGAAUUUAAAACUAAUUUAGUCAACUUCGAAAUUGAAAAUCAUUAAAUAGAUCAGUAUUUAUUUUUGAAAGAAUAUUAUGUCAAACUUUAAACAUUUGGUAAAUUUAUUCUUCAAAUUUGAUAAAGUUAAUUCAGAGUGAUAUCUCAUGAUUUGUAGGUCUAAAUUAUUUUGCAUAGGAUAUUUUCUAGGGUAUUUUUGUUGAUGAAGCAUUACUGCUAACUGUAUUCCUACAAAUGUCUCAUAUGUUUUGGAAAACCAAGUUCGAUUUUCUAAUACAUUUUAGUUUCCCGCUGUCUUUCUUGGUAAUUCAUUUGUUUAGGUUAGAUAUUAUGUCUCUUCUGAUAAAUUUUCUUUUAAUGCUACCAAUUUUUAGAUUUUACCAGAGUAAUUCUUUCAUAUAAUUUGAAAAAUUUUAUCAAAAUGGAGGAUGAAAUUUAAAAAACUGAAAUAAUUAAGUAUUAUAAAAUCUAAAAAUUCCUCUGAAACUAGUUUUUUAAUAUGGAUGAAGUUGAAAAAUAUUUUAAAUGCUCUUAACUGAAACAAUAAGCUUAAAUAUUAGGACGACUCCUCAAAAUUGCAGAAGUUGAAAUAUGCAAAUACUGUCAAAUUUGAACUGACUGAAAUUUACCUUUGCAAAUUCAGUAGAUAAAAUAUUCACUCAGUCAGAAUAGAAGGAACCAUUACAGAGAAAUAAAAUCUAGUCAAAUAAUAUGCAGUUGAUACAUCUUUGCUCAACACAAUUGAUUAAAUAAUUUAAAUUUGUUGGUUAAGGAAUCAACCUAUACCAUCCUGUGUGUAUGAUCGAAUGUAUAAUCUGACAAGCAGUUUCACAAAAACCCUCAAUAGCUUAUUUUUUACCCAUACUGAUUGACAUAUUAGUUGGUAAAAUGAUCGUUAUGGAAUUUUAUUCAAUCUACAAAAAUUAUUAUUUUUUUUUGUUAUUUGUUAAGUUCAAGCAAGUGACAGUAAUUAUAAUUCAACUUUUGUGUAUUUGGAGGUGUGACAAGAAUUAAUGCUUAUUUACUGUUGCAUGUAUUGGCAUUUGAAUAUCUUUUAUGGAGGUUCUUGGGGUUUCAAUUUAUAAAUUAUAAUAUAUACUAUUUAAUCCUGUAUAUUGUGUAAAUUAACUAACAUUCUGUAAAUACCAAGUGAAAAUUGUAAUUAAGUUAUCAAUGCAUUAUUUGGAGGAUAAUUUUCUAUAUCAUUGAGUGUUGAAACAAAAUCUGGGAAUUCUGGAACACUGCCUUAAAAAAUUAUGAUCAAUUAAUUCAUAUAGUUUUAUUUUAAAUAAGAGUCAAGCUAGGAUAAUUAUUGAUGCAGUCCUGUUCAUAAGUUAAUGCUAACAUUUUUAUUUAUUACAAAUCCUUAUAUUAAGCUAUAAUGUAUUUCUACACCUAAUUAGCAAUUAAUUUUUUUCUAGUCUUAAUAGUUUGCAUUCGAUUUCCCCAUUUUUUUAUGUUGUUUAAAAAAUAACCGUGUUCCUUGAAGUGAAACUUUAAACACAAUUGGGCAGAUGUCUAAUGCCUAAUUGCUUGCAAAAUUGUAAAUUUUGUGUAUAUAAAUACAUAUUUUUGAAACAUUA